ACAAAGCAAAGGAAAAAAAAAAUGAAAAAAACUUGAAAUAGUUCCCUUUGCAAUGGGGAGGAUGUUGCGAACCGAUGUUUUUGCGAUGAUCGUGGUGUUGUCGAUGGUUUUAUCUUCGGCUCGCGCGAAAGUUUCAUAUGAUGAUAAAGCCUUCAUAAUCAAUGGGAAGAGAAGGAUCCUAAUUUCGGGCUCCAUUCACUAUCCAAGAAGCACUCCUGAGAUGUGGCCUUAUCUUAUACAAAAGGCUAAAGAAGGAGGAUUGGAUGUUGUCGAGACAUACGUGUUUUGGAAUGGCCACGAGCCGUCUCCCGGGAAGUAUAACUUCCAAGGGCGAUUCGAUCUUGUCAAGUUCAUCAAACUAGCACAUCAAGCUGGCCUUUACGUCCUCCUACGCAUCGGGCCUUAUGUUUGCGCCGAAUGGAAUUUUGGGGGAUUCCCGGUGUGGCUAAAAUAUGAACCCGGAAUCGAAUUUAGAACAAACAAUGAACCAUUCAAGGUUGCAAUGGAAGGCUUUGUCAAGAAAAUCGUCGAAAUGAUGAAAUCGGAACGAUUGUUUCAGCCUCAAGGAGGGCCAAUAAUUAUGUCACAGAUCGAGAACGAAUAUGGCCCCGUGGAGUGGGAAAUCGGCGCCCCUGGUAAAGCUUACACGGCGUGGGCAGCAAAAAUGGCCGUGAGACUCAACACCGGCGUUCCAUGGAUCAUGUGCAAACAUGAGACCGCGCCCGAUCCCAUUAUAGAUACUUGUAACGGCUACUACUGCGAAGGCUUUCGCCCUAAUAAGCCGUAUAAACCGAAAAUGUGGACUGAAGUAUGGACAGGAUGGUUCACACAAUUUGGAGGGCCUCUUCCAAAUCGCCCGGUCGAAGACUUGGCUUUUGCAGUCGCGAGAUUUGUUCAAAACAACGGCUCCUUCUUCAAUUAUUACAUGUACCAUGGAGGAACUAACUUUGGUCGAACAGCUGCUGGUCGUUUCAUUGCCACGAGCUACGAUUACGAUGCUCCAUUAGAUGAAUAUGGACUUCUGAACGAGCCAAAAUGGGGGCACUUGAAAAAUUUGCACAAAGCUAUCAAGCAAUGCGAGCCGGCUUUAGUUUCGUCGUAUCCCACAGUCACUUGGCCUGGAAGAAAUCAAGAGGUUCAUGUCUUUAAAUCAAAAUCGGGUUCUUGUGCCGCGUUCCUUUCCAACUUUGAUUCAACGUAUUCGACCAAGCUCUCCUUCGCCAACAAGCAAUACGACUUGCCUCCAUGGUCGAUCAGCAUUCUCCCCGAUUGCGAAACCGAAGUCUACAAUACUGCUAAAAUUACGGCUAACUCAUCCACGGCGAGGAUGAAUCUCGUCAACAACAAAUUUUUGUGGCAGUCAUUUAAUGAAGAGACACCAUUUAUAAACGACGGCGACACGCUUGCAAUGCAAGCUCUAUGGGAGCAAGUGAAUGUUACGCGAGAUUCUACCGAUUACUUGUGGUACUUGACUCAAGUUGAUAUAGCCUCGAGCGAGGGAUUUUUAAAGACAGGCGAAUGGCCGGAGCUCGUAGUUAUGUCCGCAGGCCAUGCCCUACAUGUUUUCAUCAACGGAAAGUUAUUCGGUACUGUAUACGGGGGAUUGGAAAAUCCAAAGUUGACAUAUACGGGCAAGGUGAACUUGACGGUCGGCGUUAAUCAAAUUUCUUUGCUUAGUGUCGCCGUGGGACUACCGAAUGGUGGUUUGCACUUCGAGACGUGGAAUGCUGGAGUGCUCGGUCCUGUCAUGUUACGAGGUUUGAACGAGGGGACGAGAGAUUUGUCGAAGGGGAGAUGGUCAUACAAGGUUGGCUUGAAAGGCGAAACGCUUGGCCUUAACACAAUCACGGGAAGCUCUUCGGUCGAAUGGACACAAGGAUCGUUCUUGUCUCAAAAUCGGCCUCUAACAUGGUACAAGACAACAUUCGAUGCCCCAAAAGGCGAUGAUCCGGUGGCACUCGACAUGUCGAGCAUGGGAAAAGGCGAAGUAUGGGUGAACGGACAAAGUAUUGGCCGGCAAUGGUCCGGAUACAUAGCGAAAGGCAAUUGUGGUGAAUGCAACUACGCCGGCAUAUUCACCGAUACAAAAUGCCAAAAGGGUUGCGAUCAACCAUCUCAAAAAUGGUACCAUAUUCCAAGAUCUUGGUUAAAUCCCAAGGGAAACUUGUUGGUGGUGUUUGAGGAGUGGGGAGGCAAUCCAAAUAAAAUUUCCUUAGUUAAACGAACAGUAGUGUAUUCGAGCACACACAAUGCAUCAUUAUCGAAUUUAUUUAUGCCAAAAAUGAGUAUCAAAUAAUUAAGGCCAUAGCUAAUAAAGUUCAUCUUCCAAUAAUAUUUUGGAUGAAAUCAUUUUUGCAUUUUGUUGAUGAAUUUACACUGGAUUGUAAGCCCAUUAAUUAGGCUAUGCCAUGGGCCCUU